UGCUCAUAUAGAUUAUGAAGAACCACCAGCGCAACUCGGGUGCCCCGCCCGUGAAGUUCAUAUUAAGCCUCCUGUAUUCGUGUCGUUUUUAUCUCCAUUUUUAGUUGCGGAAGUUGGAAAGGAAACACCCCACGAGACAACGGCAGACGUAAUCGUGCCCAUGAAGUUGGCGGUGUGAGAUGACGUAUUGACUUCCCCUAGCUUCCGACAACAGCCAUGAACGCGGCUGCUGACAUCCUUGCUCGCCACACGGAAGACUUGGAUUUCAUCAACGAAGAUGCCGUCUUGCUUGACUUGAGGGUCCAGGGCAUUGUUCAACACCACGAAUAUUUUGAUGUCUUGAACAAGACCAAGAGGGAAAAAGUUUUGUUCCUCCAAAAAGUAUUGCCUAUGAGAGGAGACAAUGCAUUUCCAACUUUCAUUCAAGUCCUUCACAAGAAUGGCCACGUCAUCCUUGCCGACUGUCUUAAUAAAGAGUGGGAAAGAACGAGGAGUGAGAGACAUGGGGCAAGCUCAAGGGAAGGACAAGGAGAUGCGGGACGAAAGGAGAUGACUCGUCUAAUUGACGUAACUCCUGGAGCACAUAGUGGAAGCACUGCAUCUGCUUCCAUACAGUCGGUGGAACAGAUCAAACGACUGAGAGCCAUUCUUCAUGAGAGAAACACGAUCAUAAGCAUUAGCGAUUUUAUUCUCCAACUCAGUGGAGAAGACCUUAUCUCCAUCAGCGAGGAAACAGACAUCAACAAGAAGGAGAGCUACUCGGACAAGAUGAAUCACAUCUUCUCCAUCCUCUUUAAUAAAGAUCCAGUACCGACUUAUAAAAGGCUGAUAAAGGUUCUCGAAGCCAUGGAAAGGGAUGAUCUUAUCGACAGGUUGGAAAGUGGUGCAGUGCAAUGCGAACCGCCGAGGUCAAUCCCUGACAUCAUCCAGGCAAAGUGGGGCACUCUCAUCGACUGUCUGAAAGUCGACGAAAUUGCUAAUCGCCUCCUGAAGUCAGGAGUACUCUCGCAAGGGGAUCGAGACGAGAUCAUGACUCCGCGAAGAGAGAAGGAAAGAAGAAUUGCCCUUUUGGCAAAACUAACAACUAGAGACGAUUCAAAGACUUUUGGGGAGUUCUUGAAGGCACUGCAAGCGGUUGGACAGGACUUCCUGUUUCAGGAACUCAAGUCUCAAGGGGAAGGCAUCGAAAGGGAGACUCGGGAUGAAGAAGCUGCGCUAAUGAGCGAAGCACCAUCUGACGACGACAAUUGGGAGAUAGCUAACAUGCUAAAAGAGAAGGCUGGCGAAUGGAAGGAAUUGGGGAGAGAGUUGGGAGUCGGGGAGGGAGAGCUUCGAAAGAUCGAAGAAAAGAAGAAGAAUCCCUUGAGGACGACAUACCUUCUUCUGCAAAAGUGGAAGGAUUCGUCAUCUCAGCGAUCCACGUUCGGAGCGCUCUGUAAUGCACUGCGCGAGCAAGCCAUGAAGACUGAGGCGGACAGAAUCGCCUUUUACGUCAUCGCUAAGAGAAAAGCUACUGCUACUCCGCUGCUGGAUGAGUUGCCAUCGGAUGAGAAUAUUUGGGAGAUAGCAGGAAAGCUGCAAGGAAUAUCGGACGAAUGGGAAGAUCUGGGGAGGGAGUUGGGCAUCGCUGAGGAGCAGCUUCGACGGAUCAGGGAAAUGAAUAAGGGCCCGCUGAGGACAGUCUAUCUCCUUCUGGCCCAAUGGAGGAAGGCGUCUUCGGUGCAGGAACCCUCCACUUUCAGAGCCCUCUACGAUGCGUUGCUCAAGCAAGGCAUGAAGCUUGAGGCAGACGAAAUAAUCAACCUCCUCUGCAAGAAGAAAAGUGAUGAUGGGAGGGCCACUAGGUGA